AUGGCCACUACUGACCACAGGAGGGAUGACAAACAGACACCUGUUGAUUUAGCGAACAGUAUGACGGAUAUGCUUACGUGUAACACAGAGUCAGGCGAAAAAGAUGAUGACAAGGAAGAAUGCACAGAAGAAGGUGAUGAUAUUGUGAAACAACGACGACGACAGGGAAGAUCUGGCAAGAACGUCUCCUCGUCUUCCUCUUCCUCUCUCUCCUCCUCCUCCUCCUCCUCAAAAGAGAUGGCCACUACUGACCACAGGAGGGAUGACAAACAGACACCUGUUGAUUUAGCGAACAGUAUGACGGAUAUGCUUACGUGUAACACAGAGUCAGGCGAAAAAGAUGAUGACAAGGAAGAAUGCACAGAAGAAGGUGAUGAUAUUGUGAAACAACGACGACGACAGGGAAGAUCUGGCAAGAACGUCUCCUCGUCUUCCUCUUCCUCUCUCUCCUCCUCCUCCUCCUCCUCAAAAGAGAUGGCCACUACUGACCACAGGAGGGAUGACAAACAGACACCUAUUGAUUUAGCGAACAGUACGACGGAUAUGCUUACGUGUAACACAGAGUCAGGCGAAAAAGAUGAUGACAAGGAAGAAUGCACAGAAGAAAGUGAUGAUAUUGUGAAACAACGACGACGACAGGGAAGAUCUGGCAAGAACGUCUCCUCGUCUUCCUCUUCCUCUCUCUCCUCCUCCUCCUCCUCCUCAAAGGAGAUGGCCACUACUGACCACAGGAGGGAUGACAAACAGACACCUGUUGAUUUAGGUGUGUAUAGAAAUAAACAAGACCUAGAUUAUGCUUGA